GGCCAGCGACCACAAAUAAAAACGCGCGCGCGUUCCAAAUUCAAUUCAGUCGAACAGCCAUCGAGCUGCAUCGCAUGCGUUCGGAUAUUUCAAAUAAAUCGUUCGAAAAAAAAGAAAGUUUAUGUGUCAACAUUUGAAUUCUGAACUGUGAUUAUUUUUUAAACAAAAUGGCGUUUUCAAUCGUGCGCCUAGGAGUGAGAUCUGUUAUAAACUUUGAAAGAAAUGCAGCAGUUUUGAGUGUGACUUGUGUACCAAAACAGUUAAAUCUCUUCCACACAAAACCAGCGUGCAACGGCAAUAUCUGCUACCUCAGCGAGUUCCCCCGCGACAGGGACCUACACGAGAGGAACUCCGCCCUCCGUCGGUACAGCAAGCAACAUGGCCGCCCGGAGGAGGACAGGAGGAAAGCUGACAGCGACUCUGACUCUGAUUCCGAUACGGAGUGUAAAGGAUAUGAUAGGUCAGAGUUCUGGCGUCGGAAAAUGCGCACGGUACACAACAUCCUGGACGUGGACAAGGAUGGUCUGAUCUCGUUCAACGACUUCCUGCUGUUCGCGGAGAGGUUCAAGGCUUUGGGGCAUCUGUCUGACCAGCAGGCAGAGGAGUUCACCAGUAUUAUUAAGUUGACAUGGGAAGAGCAGUGGGGAGCUAUCGACCCGUACAACUUCGUCACGGUGGAGCAAUAUCUAGAGGACAUGCAUCACGUGCUCAACGACAAGUCUUUGAAGAAGAAAGCUCAUCGUUGGCUUCCCUACUUGUUCAAGGCGGUAGACAAAGACAAGUCCGGGUACAUAUCUGUGCACGAGUUCAAGUUGUUCUUCAAAUGCUUAGGACUUGACAAUGAGAAGGCGGCCGUCGCGUUCGCUGUAAUUGAUGUUAAUGGGGAUGGCAAGUUAUCUCUAAAAGAGUUCGUAAAGCUUGGCAAGGAAUUCUUCUGCACUGAAGACGAGAAAAGGGUUUCAAAGAUGUUCUGGGGACCUCUGAUAAACUAAGUCAUAGAAAUAUUAACUUUAUUCGUAAGACUUAAGAGUCAUUAUUGACUGCAGUUUUUAAUUUAGCAUUUAGUAUAUGUGUAGGUAGGUGUUUUUAUACGAAUUGGUAAUUGCUAAUUGUAUGUGUUAUGGAAAGACAGCUGUUUUUUUUAAAGGUAGUUUAAAUAAUCUUAUGAAAAUACAUUAUUAUGUAAACUGAGAAUAUAAAAAAGUGGUUAAUUGUGUAUGUGAAUUUGGUAUUUGAUGACUAAAAAUAUUGGAGCACUUGAGGCUAAAACCGAAUCAAAAAUGUUCCCGUCAGAUAACUUUGCAAUUCUGAAUUAGCCAUUUGGUCUCUUGCUAAUUUUAUUCAAAGGUAUAUUGAUACGCUUUGCUUGUCCAAAGUUGUCAACUUCGCAAUAGUUAUAAAAUGCAUGAGGCGCCAUAUGACAAAUUUUAGAAUUUCUAAGUCAUUUCAAAGCGAGAUGUACCUAACCUAUGUUAUUUUUUUUAAUCUCAAUUUUUAAAUAAAAACUAAGGUUAAAACUUAACCUUCUCAUCCUAAAACCGCCUGUUUUAACAUUUUAUACUAUUAUUGGCUAGUUAGAUUUAACUACGGUCUUAUGACGCUAAAUAAUAAUUAAUAGUAAUGUAAGUCAUUCCUAUAUACGGACCAACAUUCAUGUUAUGGAUGUCUAAAAAUAUUAUUGAAUAGAAUCUCAAUAAAGUUUUGAAAUAAAA